UGACAGCCGAUUUCACCCCCAUCCCCCGAGACAGGAAGGCGGGGAGGUGGGCUUGGCUGAGCGGGGCCGGUGACAUGAGGCGGCCUCGCCGGCCGGAGGAAAAAGGGGACGGUGGGCUUCAGCAGCACCGGCAACUCGUCUCCCGGCGCCAUGUUCCGCCGCGCCAGAUUUAGCGUGAAGCCGAACGUGAGGCCGAGCGCGGCGGGAAGAAGCGGCAGCGGCAGAUCAGCUACCCCGCCGGCGGCCGGAGCAGCAGCCCCUCCAGAUCCAGGUGCUCAGCAUGAUUCGACACCCACCACCUGCUCUUCUGCGACUGCUGUGGGCAGCCCGGCCGCCCAGCAGGGAACUCCUGCCGCCGCUGGAGACGUUCCGCAGAGCGGUGGCAGCAGUAGCCAUAGCAGAGAUGAAAAGACCAAAGAUGCAGGUGGUGAUGGAGAUCAUAGUAAACAGGCAGAGACAGUUCUACAGAGAAGAAAACGAAUAUCCACUAUGCCCAAUCUUGCUAAACCAAGAGUUGUACCUGUAUCUACGCAACGUGCUGUCAUUUCAACAUCAAAAUGUUCUCAGAAACAAGCACCACACUCUCCUACAUUUGCUAACUCUCCACUUCAGAAAGAAUCUCCUUCAACUGAGAAGAUUAGUGUGGACAUUUCUCCAAAGUCUCCCAUAUUACCUGAAAAGAAAACUCCUGUUCCCCAAGUACCACAGUUCUCUCCAUUAAAAAAAUCUGCCAAUAAGGAGACAAAUACAUGUGUAACAGGUCAAAGAAAUGAUGAAGCCCCUCAGAAGAACACAUCGUCUCCCCUAAAAGAGAGGCCUACACAGGAAAGAUUGAUUCAAGAAGAGAUAACACAGUCAAAAGCUUCAGAAAAAGAGAAAAGGAUAUGCUCAGAUAGAGAGAAGUUAAUCAAAAGUCAGAAGCUACGAAAGAUGCUCAAGGAAGAACUAAAGAAAGAAAAGGAACAACGGAAAUACAAAUGCCACGUAAUUGAAAAACCUAUGCCAGAAGAUCGUUCAAAAAUGAUUAUGAGGGAUUUCAUAUAUUAUCUGCCUGAAAAUAAUCCCAUGAAGUCUUCACUGGUGGAAGAAAAGAAAACAGAAAAGACGUCCACUGUAACCCAAGCAAAAGAGCCAGAGGAAAGACCUGUCGCUGAUCUUGAUGAUGAAAAUGAGGAAGAUGAAGAAGAAGAAGAAGAAGAAGAUGGAGGAGGAGAGGAGGAUGGCCCCCUCCUAGUUCCUCGAGUGAAAGUUGCAGAAGAUGGUUCAAUUAUUCUGGAUGAAGAAAGUUUAACUGUAGAAGUCUUAAGGACAAAAGGGCAAUGUGUGGUGGAAGAAAAUGAUCCCAUCUUUGAACGUGGCUCUACAACAACUUACUCAAGUUUCAGGAAAAGCUAUUAUACCAAGCCAUGGUCGGAAAAAGAAACAGAUCUUUUCUUCUUGGCUAUAAGUAUGGUGGGAACCGAUUUCUCAAUGAUAAGUCAGCUUUUUCCUCACAGAGCAAGAACAGAAAUUAAGAAUAAAUUUAAACGUGAAGAAAAGACCAAUGGAUGGAGAAUAGAUAAAGCAUUUAAAGAGAAAAGGCCUUUUGACUAUGAUUUUUUUGCGAAACUGCUUGAGAAGAUUCUGGAAAGUGAGAGGAGGAAAAAGGAAAAGGAUGCUAAGUGUCAGGGUCAAAAAGAGAAAACUCCCAAUGAGAAGAAAACACCCAAAUCUCAAAAAAAGCGAAAAGCUAAAAUUGUCAAUGGACAAACCAGCCAUGGUCAGGAUGAUCUCCAGAAUGCCAGAAUGUCUGAUGCAGAAAUGGAGGUGGAUGCUGAGACAGCUGAAAAGGAGAAUGAAGAGUCCCCCAGUAUUUUGGAACAGGCAGAGGGGCAAGCAGUUGCUGAAUCUGUAGUGAUGAAAAAGAAAAGAAAGAAGAAGAAAAAAGAUUCUGAAUGUGAAGCAGAAAAUCUCCCUGAAGAGAGAAACAUUCCUGCAGAAAUGGCUGAGAAAGAAAGAUCAAGAAAGAAAAAAAAAAAUGCAUCAUCCAGUGUAGAGAAUAAUGGCAUUGGUGAAGCUGGUGAUGAACUGGAGGACCCUGAUGGUGUAACAGCUGCUGAAACUCUUCCUUUGGUUGAGAGAGAACCACAGCGCUGUGUACAGUUUAAUGAAGAUGCUGAGGAAGAACAUAGUCCAACUUUAUCCAGUUCUCAAGAUAACGUGUUCAUAGAAGCUGAAUCUGGUGAACUAGAUGUUCCAGAAGCUAGUUCUAUGCACCAUGUUGGGCAGCCUUCCAAGUCUCAAAUGCCUCUAAACACAGAUAAGGAAGGCUUUGAUGCAACCGAUGCAACCAAGAGUCAAAUAGGUGAACUGGAUCAUCUGGGUGAAAAUAAGAAUAUAACAUCCUCAGGCAAUGAUCAUGAACAAAUGAAAACUGAUAGAGCAACUGCUGAAACAUUCACAGUAGAAGAGCAGGGGCAGAGACUUGAAUCAGACAUUGCAGGUGCAUUGGAGAAAACAGACCCCCCAGUUAAUGACAUGCAGAUCAGGAUCUCCCCUGCUGAGUCUAUAGGUGAUACUGAAGAGACUACUGUGGAAGACAAAGCAGCUCACAUAAUUGGAUCAUUGACAGAUGAGAUGUCUGUAGCAAACAGUAGUGUACAGAAUGAAUCCCAAGAAGCCCAAAAAACUCUUUCAGAGAAGGUAGAAAUGAGAGGCCAUCGACAGAGACCUAAACCUAAUAUAGUGAAAGCAUCUAUCAGAAAAGAAGCACCUGCCCAAGGCAAGAGUAACAAGCCAGAAUCUUACAGGACUGUAGAAAAGGAUGAUGUCACACCAGAAGAGUCUGUUGAAAGAGAUUCCCAGCUUGUAGAUACUGAAGUUUUAGUUUGCAAGAAAUCUACCUCACUAGAUAGGAGCAAGCAGCCUGUUCUAAAACCUGCACCAUUAACAAGGGGAAGAAUGCAGAGACCAAAACCAAAUUUGGAAAGAGCAGCUAGGCGGCAAAAAGAACCAGUAAAAAGCAUUGAGGCAGAUGAAGGAAAAGCUGCUGCUGAAGCAGAGAAGCCUCUGGUAGAAUCUGAAUAUAACAGCACAGAACUCUUAAGUGAAGAUACCACUGAGGCAACUACUUAUGAAGCUGACAUACCACUUUCUGAAGCAUUAGCAAACAAACCUGCUGCCAGUUCUGUGGAAGUAAUCUUAGCGCACACAGGCCAGUCACCUGUAAAGAGUCCAUUAGAGUGUGAGAGCCAGAAACCCCAAAAUAUACCUCUGUCAAAUAACAGUGUGGAGGAUGUGACUGUUCUUGCUGCUAGUGAUUUCAGUCUUCAGCAAGAACAAAAACAGACUUCUGCUGAAAUUGAACUUUCUCCAAAGAUUUGCUCUCUUAGCCUAAAGGAUAAUUUAGGAAAGCUACCAGAAAAAGAGGAACCACUGCGAACAGAAGAAGAAAGGCUUAGGAACAAGAAUGAGACAGAAACUGCAGAAAAAAGUUUAAUACAUAUCACUAAUGAAUGCAUUGAAUCAUCCAACCUAGAUGAACACCCUGCAGAGACUCAAGAAGCAGUCACCAAAAACGAAAUUCAUUUAUGUCCCCAGAACUUUUCCAGCUUCAAAAGUAGUGAACCAAAUGAAGCUUUACUAUCUCCAGAUGUCCAGAAAAAGCUUUCAGUUAGCAAACAGAACUCAGAAGGAAAAAGUGAACAAAGUGUUAUUCAACCAACAGCACUGCUCAGGGGCAGGUUUCAGAGACCCAAACCCAAUAUUGGAAGGGCAAUUGGAAGGAAAGAAAUGCAAUCAGUGGACAGAAAAGCAGUUGCAGCUGGAUUUGGAAAUGAGAAAUCAGAACUACAAGAAUCUGGAUUUACCAGAACUCCCUCUGUGAUAACUCAGCUACAUUGUGACAGUAAAGUCUUACCCGCUGAAGUCUUGGAGGAGAGACUGGUAGAUACCAAGGAAGUGAUUCAGGAAGACUCUCCAGUACCCGGGACCUCUCAGAAGAUUUCAGAACAGAUUUCCAGUGGAAAACCCAUUUUCCAUGAAGAUAAACCAUGUACUAUCAAGCCAGCUCAGCUAGUGAGAGGGCGAUUCCAGAGAGCCAGGCUCAACCUUGGAAGGAUGAAUGGCAAGAGGGAAGAAUCUGUGACAGAAAAUGUUAGUGCUCCAGUUGAAGGAGAAGUACAAAAAAUGGAAAUGGAGAAAGAUGACCUACACCCACUUGCAGAGGAUGAAGUCGGUAUCCAAGCAUCACUGGAUAAUUUGGAGAAAAAUGAAGGGUCAGAAUCCAGAAAAGUCCCAUCACCAAAACGAUGUAUCAAUCAGAAGAAACUUCCUUCCUGUGAGAAGUCACAGAGACAUGAACUUCUGAAAGACCAAGAAAAAAUUGGUAUUUCUGCCUCCCAAGAAAUAAGUCAAUCUAAGAGCUUGAAGCCCUCUGUACUUGUGAGGGGUCACCUUCAGAAACCAAAGCCAAACCUAGUUUGUGCAACAAAAAGGAAAGAAGCCUCUUUAGAAGGAGAAGCUAGAACUGAAAGCAAAACUGAAAGCAGUUCAGAAAAUGAUGCAACCCAACCUGGCAGUGAAUCUGGAACAAUAUCCACAGUAGUGCAUGAUUUUAGAAAUGUAGUGGAUGCUGCAUCAUCAUCUGAAUCCUUGAAGCAGCAAAUGUGUCCAGACAGCAUUAAAACAGUGCCUUUGACAAGAAGCAAAGACUCUGGAAAAUGUGACUCAUCAGAUCAAUGCUCAGGAAGUGAAAAACAUAUGAAGAAAGAAAUCUCUAAGCCCCCUACUGCCCAGGAGGAAACAUCUGAAGCAAUGAAAGGAAAGCAAAAAGGAAGGAGACUGAAACAGUGGAAAAACAUCAGUAACUCAAGGUCACUUCCCACUUUUGAACAUGAAAAUGUCCAUACUGAAAAAGGGAAGAAGCACCACAAGCAGGCUAAACCAAAUGUUAGCAGAGGCAGAAGCUUAAGACCAGCACUUCGUAAGAAACCCAAAAAAGAAUAUGGAACUUCAAAAGUUAAUCUGGUGACACUUAGGGCUUCUUCUCAGGAAGAAGAAGAUGAUGGUGAUGAUGAUGAUGACUUUGAUUCAGACUAUGAAGUAGAAUACUUUUCACCCGAGGAAGUAAAUAAAGCUCCAGUGUUUGUCCCCAAAGGGCUUCGGUCACCCAAUCCAGUUCCCAUGCAGAUUGAGGAAACUAUGGAAGAGCUAGAGAUAUAUGAGACCAUUGCUGAAGAACCAUGUCCGCCUCCUGAACUGAAUGUAGUUGCUCAACCUGUGAUGCAGGAAGAUAAAGAAUUGCACUCCUCACAGGUUGUUUUUACACAAGAAGACCAAAAUAACAGAACAGUGAUUAGAUAUGGGAGUACUGAAGCAGCCAUGACUCUACUUGCCAUGAAACGUCUGGGAUUCCAGUUAAACAUUAGCAGCCAAGAAAGAAGACAAGAAUUUCUCAGCAGAGAUGCACAGAAUGUUCCUGAUAGCUUUCCACGUGAGCAUAAUGAAGAAGAAAAUACAGUCCAUUGUAAUGUGGCAUGUUCAGCCCUUUCAAAAAAUGAAUUGGUUUCUUCAGACCCUAUCAACAAAGCUGCUACAGAGGAUUGCAGUACUGAACCAUCAGGUUUGGAAGAUUGUCUCCUAGAAGCAACUAAUGUGCCACAGCCUGUUUCCUCAAAAAAUGUUCAGGUUUCUUCACACAGUGCAAAUAAAGCUGCUCCAGAAUAUUGCGAUACACCAUGUACAGUGGAAACAGCAGGAGCUGACAGCUGUUUAUCUUCUUGCAACCGAAGUAAAACAUCUGGACUACCAAGAUGCAGAUUUCCGAAACCCAAACCAAAUCUUUAUAAAGGGCUGGGAUUAAACCAGAGUGCUUCACAAAAAUCUGGAUUUCAUUUGGAGCAAACAAAUGUAAUGCACAAUGGUGAAGGGAAAGUGUCAGAAAGUGUUACGGAAGAAGAGAAAGUUGUACUGGAACAGAAUUUCAUGGUGGAUAAGCUAGCUAAGAACAACUUUGCAGAGAAGCAAGAUUUACAGCCUGGAAGUGCUGGUACUGCUUUGCAGACAAACAACAUGGAAAGAGAAAGUGUGAUAAGAGAGACUUCGACGUUAGCAUCGGAGUUGAAUGCUCCAAAAUUUUCUCCAGAAGCAGAAACUUGCCUUUUUGAGUCACCAGAUUAUCCCAACAGAAGUACUAAUGUCCAGACUUCUGGUCCUGUUGAACACCAGUUGUCUACAGUUGAAAUUGUGCAGAGUGAAGCAAGCAAGUAUUCAAGUAUUUCAGCAACCACAGAAAUGACUGCAGUGAAUGGUGACAACAAAGACUAUCCAGACACAGAGGAGGAGCCAACAUUCAUUUUAACAUUGGUGGAAAUCUCACCUGAUACGGGGGAUUGCAGUGGUCUUCCUGCUGCUGUACCACAAAGUUCUGAGCAACUACUUCCCCCACCAGUAUUUCUCACUCCCAAUAAUAUGAAUUCAGUGCAAUUGGCAAAAGCAGAGAGCAUUGGAUCCAUAACAGCUUCUGUUGAAGAAAAUGCCUUCUCUAUUGGCAACACUGGAGAGAAAGGAGUACUGCAAGAAGCUUCAAUACAGCAGGCAGAUCUGGAUUCGGUCUCCUGCAAGAAUCUGAAAAGGUGUGCUGCAGUUCUUGAAGAAAGUGGUGAUCCCCCUAAGAAGAAAAAAUCUCCUGUUUCUGCAGAGAAAAACCUAGAAAGCUCUGAUAAGGAGAUCUCACAUGAAUUAAAGUGUAUACCAAGGAAAGCUACUGAGAAAUCAAGCACUUCAAAGAAGAAAAUCUCAUCUACCUCUAAACCAGUUUCUGAAACUGCAGUUCUACAAGUGGAAAAAAGGGCACAACCUUCUCUGAAUUUGGGGCCUGUGCUGCUUGAUGAAGCAGCUAGAACAAAUGAACAAGAGUCAAGGACACUCCAUGAAGGAAAAGCAAAAAUAAGUGGAGAGAGAAGAAACUUUGUUGAUACUUGUAAAUCUGUACAAUCAGAGCAGGUGGGAAGUCCAUCAGGCCUUCCUAAAUCCCUAUUAUCCAGGUCAUAUCAAAGAACUCUGGGAUUUUUACCUUUAAUCUGUAAAAAUAACAAUUUUGAUGAAGAAGUAACAGAGGAGGAUAAACAGUCUCUCCAGAAAACUGACACAGUGUUGUCUGAAAACACAACUGAAUGUCCAAAUUUGACCUCAAAAGACAACAACGAAGAGAUUCCAGAAAACAAUUCUUUUCCAUCAACCAAUUCAUUGCCUUCCAAAUGUGAGAAUGGAGCCUCUUCUACUACUGUUCAGAUUUUUUCUGACUUACCUGAGAAUAAAGGAUCUUCUAAGGAGCAGGAAAAAGAAGAAGAACCAACGAAGAUCUCAGAAUAUUUUUUUAGUGAUAUUUUCAUGGAAGUGGAUGAUUCAGAGUAACCUAGAAAUGUAUCAGAUGUCCAGCAUUCAGUAAUGCACUACAAUAUUAUGCAUCUCAGCUAGCCCUUACAUUUAGUGCAAUAAAAAGAGUCUUGCUGACAGGUAGAAUUGUUUUAUUCUGAAUGAUCUGCCAUUUGAAGGAAAAACCCUAACAUCAUUAAGUUUCAAGUUAUUAUCAGAACAGCAGCAAAUAUGUAUUUUGGUACAAGUACCUUUGAGAUGCAUAACUGUGCUUUAGAAAUGCAAUGGAGACUAUCUAUAUGACCAUGCACCACCAAAAUAAAAUACCUUAUGUUUUGGGGCUGGUCAUAAAUUAUCUUUACUUCUUUUUGUGAAGUAAAUAUUUAUAGGAGGGGGAGGGUCACUUAUUCUGAACUUGUCAGUAUAGUAAUAAUUGUUAUUACAUUAAAUUUGUCAGCUUUUAAAAUGUAUUUUUAUAACUGCAUAUGUGAGUGGGUUCAAAAAAGUAAUAUUGCUUCAUUUUAAAUGUACAGAAAUAAAUGUGAAGAAAUUAUUUAAGUUGAAUGUAUAGAAAUCUAACUAUCCCAAGUGCACAGAAAAAUCCUAUGGCUCUAGGGUGAGUGCCCAUGGGACCAUAGUAUUGUCUGGAGUCCCCCUCCUGAGCCAGAGAUGUUGCAGCUGUUUUGGAAGGGGGACUCUGGGUUCCAAUCUUCUGCCCCUCUGCAGCUGUCAUGGAACCAAACCCAGCUUCUUCUUGAGGUUGCAAAUGUGGCCUUGGAGGGAAGGAAAAGGGGUGUUCUGGUGGGAGAGGAUAAGCCAGGUUGUGAAGCCCAUAGCCUCUCUAGUCCUAGUCCAACUUCUGUGAGCAUGUCCUCCUUAGAAGGGCUCAAAGGCUCAUCAAGUGAAAAACAUUGAAAAGGAGGACAAAGAGGUGAAAAUAACCUCCAUCAUUCCUCCUGCCCUGUUCCACUAGCAGCAGCUCAGCUCAGAUUAUUUAUUUAAGGGGGUAUAAUCCUAUAGGUUCUGCUCAUCCUGAAAAUAAAGAGGAAUUUUAAGUAUUAAAUUUGAAACAAAAGGCUAAUAAUAAUAAAAUGCAGCUUUUUGAGUUUUAAUCUAUCCAUGUAACUCCACUGAAAAAUGAGAAAUUAUAAAUUAAAAUCAGAAGGGAGAAGGUAAGAGCAUCUCCAAGAUCAUAAACGGCUCAUAAUAUGAGAGGAUUUAGUUCCUAUCACUCCUUUUAUAAUCUGAUUUGGUUUGUGUCUCCUGGCCACACUUGUUUUUUAGUUUUGUUAGGUACAUCUUCCAUUUGUCAUUGUUGGAAACCUGUCUAUAUUAGCCUUGUCAUUUUAUCUGAAAAAUGAACUGCUUUCUCUUAAGAACUGUGCCCUCUGAAAUCUUGUUGAGCUAGUGAUCGGAUUCUAAAUUCUGGUUGUUUCUUCACUACUGGGGAGAUCCCGCCAGUGUGUGUAUUGAUAUCUGCAAUUUCUAUUAAAUAGCUGUCUACACCUGCAAUUGUUCAAUAAUACUACAGAUUUUGUAUAAUUAAGGUACUUCCAUUUGCUAGAUAAUUAUUUUGUGCAUAAUAAUCUCAAAAUAUAAUUACUGAUAUUACUAAAUUUUCUAUCAAUUGAAUUACAGACACGUUUUACCUCAUAAAGAGAAUAGUUUGGAUCCAGAACUAGUCAUGCUUGGAACAGAAACACUGAAACAAAUGGAAUUUGUUGAAAAUUUGGAUGGAUCUACUCAGAGUUUGGAUCUAACCCAAUUAGUAGAAAAUCAGAAUCUCAGUUAUUAGCACUGUUAGGGUUUGUAUUAUCAGAUGGAAUCCCCAAAUAGAAUAAAAAUAACCAACAAAGUGAAUAAUUUACCAAAUGUAAAUUUAGGUCAAUAGACUUGGAGAAAUAUUAACAUUUCUCAGUGGCAAAAGUUAAUGUGAAAUCAGUUCUAGCAAAGAGUAAGUUCGUUUCUUCAUGUUAAUUAAUUCAGGAAGUCUAAUGUACUUUCAGUGUCUCUGUGAAGAGGUUCAUGAAAUAAUGAAGCAUUCAUGUAACAUGCUGUGAUGAUUUUAGAUUGCAGUGUGAAACAAAUUUAUUUUUCAAAAAACUUAUAAAACAUAAACUGAGCUAUAAGGUGCCUUAACUUUCCUUACAAAAUGGAAAGGACAAGUGAUCCUGUUAAUUUUUCCCAUAAACCAUGUUUUCCUUGUUAGCCUUUUUAAUUAUCUUUAAAUAAGUUUCUUUCUAGCAUGAAUAUUGUAUAUAUUGAUGAUAAAAAGAUAACUGAACAGUCUAAGGAACAGAAAAUUUCCAUUAAAAUGUGAUAGAAGUCUGAUACACAUUUUCAAUGGUCUGUAAAAAGCUUAUUUGUAACUUUCUGUUUCAAAUAAAGUGGUCCUGUUAUAUAUGUAAAUUAUGUAAAUAAAUAAUUUUGUAUGUUUA